UUGUGUUGUGAAUAGAAAAUAAACCAUUAGAGACAGUCAUUGAAAGAGGCAUAACUGCUAGUAAGCCGGUCUUGAAUCCUUCAGAGACCGUUGCAGCUUCACCAAAUCUCUCGCUUUCAUCCUCAUCCUCGCCAAAAACACCACAGUUGAUGGAUUCGCCAAAGAUUUCACACGACGUCAAGGUUGCAAUGGCCGAGAAGGCUAAAACCGGAUCGUCCAAGAAGAGGAGUGAGAGUCGGCAAAAGAGCUCCCUAUCAUCAGAGACACCCCGGAGCAGCGAGAAAGGGGCUAGUAAUGGAAACAACAGCAACAGCGGCAAUCGAUCUGAGCCCCCGAAACCUAAAGACAUUCCGUUCGACUUUCACAAGUUCCUGGAGCAAAUGCGGCACAGGAGUGCAGUUCCCAUCACGCGCUACUUCCACAGCUUCUUGAAAGAGUUUGAUAGAAAACCUUGGACAGUGAACGAGCAGAUCAAGAUUAUCCACGACUUUUUGGACUUUAUUACGGGUAAAAUGGAAAUGUGUGAGCUAUGGAGGAAUGCAUCCGACCAGGAGUUUGAGAACGUGAAGGAGGGCAUGGAGAAGCUGGUGAUGAAUCGUCUCUUCGCCUAUACUUUUUCGCCUUCGACAACCGAUGAUGCUGAGCGGGACGAGGUUCUCACUCAAAAGAUACGGAUUUUCCGGUGGGUCAGGGAAGAGCACUUGGAUAUCCCUUACAGCCCGCACAAUGAGGCCUAUCUGAACAACGCCCAAGCAGAGCUAAAAAAAAUCAACAGUUACAAGGCCCCGCGCGAUAAGGUCAUUUGCAUUUUGAACUGCUGCAAGUUCAUCUUUACGCUCAUCCGGAGAUCAGAGGGCAACUCCAAAGGCGCAGAUACAUUCCUUCCGAUCCUCAUCUAUGUUGUUUUACGUGCCAACCCUCCAAAUCUCGUCUCUAAUGUUCAAUAUAUUUCGCGGUUCAGGAACCCGGAAAAGCAGCAGGCUGAGGCCGGGUAUUAUCUGGCUUCAUUGAUGGGGGCGAUUUCAUUUAUCGAGAACCUGGAGGCGAGCUCGCUGUCGAUCACACCCGAGGAGUUUGAUCAACAGAUUGAGAAGACAAUGAAUGAGCUCAGUCAAGAAAAGGCAGACGCCAUGGCAGCAGCGGCCGAGGCGGCCAGGUCCGCAGCAGCAAUCUCAGCAGCAGCUUCACCGGAGCCAACGAUUGGACAUAGGAAGCAGAGCAGUAAAUUGGCGACGCUCGUUGCCGGGACUGCGGCGAUGAGGAAUAGUCAGCAGCGACCAGCUAUCAAUGAGAAGCAGUAUUUGACGGCAGAAGCAGCGCAGCAUCAGCAGCACCAACAAUAUCAGGAAAAGAGCUCACGUCAAAAUGGCCGGGAUUCUACAAGAGCAUCGCCAGCGCCUUCAGGGUCUUCGAUUUUAAAUCCAGCGGCGUCUUUAAUCGAGCGUGGGGCAAAUUUCGCGACGAAGACGAUUCAGAAGCCGCUGGAUCUGAUCGAAAGAAUGUUUCAGGAUAGCGGCGAUGAGGAAGAGAUGGCGAAACCGUACCCGCCUCGUCCUGUACAACCACAGCAGCAAUCACAGCAUUUUGGCAGAUCUGCUCCUCCGUUGGCUCAUCAAUCACAGCAGCAGCAGCAUUAUCAUCAUCAGCAACAGCAGCAGCAUCAUCAUCAGCAGCAACAGCAGCAGGUUCAGAGGCCGGAUACAUUAGACAGGGACGAUUCGUUCUCGGAAUUUGUGUAUGUGCCCGCAGGACAACAGAUCCAACAGCCUGUACCACAACAGUCUGGCGGGUUCUUUCAGCAGCAACGAGGAUACCCAGGGCUAGGAGUUCAACACGCUCAGCAGCAGCAGCAGCAGCAGCAGCAGCAACAACAACAAGGGAUGGAAGAGUAUUUGCAGGCACUGGAGACACUGACAGACAUGUUUCCGACAUGCGAGCGACAAGUGUGCGACGUGAUUUUACAAGCGAAUGAUGGACGGCUCAGCCCAAGUAUUGACGCGUUGCUUGGUAAGUGAAUGUAUAAUGAGCAUGGCAAUGUCAAUAUCACUGUCACUGUCAAUAUCACUAUCAAUGUCAAUGCAGGUGCAAGAUACGGAU